AAAAAAGUGCCAGUGCUCAGAAGAACAGUGUGGUAUAUGGUAUGUAGGGAUUCUAGUUCACUUACUGCUUCUGCGCAGCACGGUUUGCAGAAAAUUACGAGGGUUUUUCUAAGCUAGGGUGCCGAGCGGCCAAACGCACCGCCAUUAGCAGCCGUGCCGAUUAUAUACUGUUUCUUCGUAGCUGUUUAUGCAUUUGGAACGUCCAUUUGACAAGAUGCUUGUGCUUUUUUCCACUUUAGUAUUAUGCUUGUCGGAAGUGAAACCCUCACGAGCUUACCCUGGGACUUUCGGUACCGUUCAGCCCUGUUUAGCACCGCAACAAUGGGAAGGCAGGUCUGUGGAAUAUGAUCACAAAACAGGGAGGAACACGAGGGCCAUGGUCUCGUAUGAUGGACAGAACCAGCGAAUUAGAGUCUUGGAGGAGAAGAGAGGACACGUACCAUGCAAAAAGUUCUUUGAAUACAUAUAUCUGUUCAAGAGUGCCGUACUAUUCCAGAUUGAACAGGUCACCCAGCAGUGCUCCAAGAUCCCUCUGACACAAACCUGGGAUCCCUAUGACAUUCCGGAAAACUCCACUUAUGAGGACCAGUACUUCAUAGGUGGUCCUGGUGACAUGAUUGAAGUGCAAGAGUGGUCAGACAGGAAGCCUGCUCGAAAAAAUGAGGCCUGGGUUGGUGUUUACACAGUCAAGGACUGCUACCCUGUCCAGGAAACCUACACCAGGAACAGCAGUGUGACAACCUCCACCCGCUUCUUUGACUUACAGCUGGGCAUCAGCGACCCUGAAGUGUUCACUCCACCCACCACCUGCCAGUCUGCCAGGCUCAAUUUGAUGACUCAUGGCUGCUGAAGCCUCAGGAAACUUAUUUUGCACAGUAUAUACUGUAUACCCAGGGAGUGGAAAGGAACCAUUACACCUAGCUAUGUCAGACAAACCUAGCUCACAUUUGGGGACAUUUUAACCCAAUGAGGUUAGGAGGGGUAAUGAUUUAUUAGUGAGGAUAUAUUUCUUUAUUAGAACAGAACUGAUUUGGUCUUCAAAUCAAUACUCAGAAGUGACCUUUAUAGCUUCUCAUUGAACACCGGUCCCUUAUAAUUCAAGUCUGUGUCCUACCUCAGCUGUAUUGUUUGUAAACUACUGUAGUCACCAAGUCAACUUACAAAUGCAAAUGGAAGUAUAUAAAAACAAAGUAACUAAUUUGUUAAAAGUGAAGGAAGUAAAUAAAGAAAGGCCCACGAGUUUGUAUUACUAAGGAGCCACCAAAGGAAUGAUGAAUCUUAUAAGCCUAGUGUUAGGCUAUAUAGUCAACCGCACAGGGAAACAGCACAUACCAUAUAUAUGUAUGUGUCUGUUUCAACAAUUUGCUUCCCUGCAUAAGUUCGGUUAUGUGCUGCAUUGCGAUUUCCUUUUUUCAGGUUUAAACAAAACAUUUUUUAUAAACACAUAAUAUAACGCUUCAUAAUAUAAUUUUAAAUUACAGUCUUUGCUGAAGCAAAUAAAUACAUUACUCAACAAAUUGUUUCAUCUUGUUGCAUAGCUAAUUAUUACAGUUUUGUCAUGGUAGUGCUUUAUUGUGAUUAGUUGUUGAUUUUGAAUCUUUGAAGCUUUUCUCUGUCUCAUUAAAUCGAAGCUGAAAGAAAAGUAGGCGUUUGUCUUUUUCUAUUCUUGUAUAAUUGCGCAUAAUUGCCAAUAAAUUACAAACAGGAAAGCUGUUCUGUACACAUUAUUGUCAUUUUAAUGUCUGAAGUUAUUUGGCAGUUGGAAAAGUGUUGAGUUGGUGCUUCAAGUCAGAUAUCCCAUCUUCCAUUUUGAUUUACUACGUAAGAGUGAUGGGGAGAAUUAGAUGAGGUCUUGCCUUGUACUCUGUGCUUCCCCUUUUUUGCUCUGGCUUGCCCCAAGCCUCUUCUGAAUACUGCGGUUGCUGAAACAGAGGGAUGAAUGGAACAUAGAGAUAAAACUGGUCCUCUCAGUGGUUGGAAAAGCAUGCAGGAAGGUAACCACUGGGUAGGCGGAGAGUUAGGAGGGGAGGAUGAUGAUACAGCAGGGAGAGAAGUGGGGGAGAGCAGUGACAUCCUGCGGACAGUGGGCAAGACUGCUGUGGACACGGCCAGAUACUUUGUUGACUAUAAAGAACAGUUUCUGACUCAAACUGCUUUGGGGUGAUGGGUUCAUUUUGGUCUCUUCGAGAAAGGUCAGCAAUUUAUUUGUAAUCUAUGCAUUCGGCUCACAGUCCCAAUCCCCCCCACAGCCUGUUUGAAAAUAAAUGGUAUGAUAACUGCACUAAGUGGUUCCUUGUUGAUUGCCUUUUGGUCAGGGUUGCAGUGGGACAGUCUAUUUGCCUUCUCCUCUAGCAACUCACUAUAUGACACACUGGUCAGGUUCAUUCAGGCCAGACCCAACUGCUUAAAGAUUCAGACUUUCUUGGAAGUGUAGAAAUGUAUAAUCCCAUUAGGCUUCAGCCAGUCAGCAUCAGUAAUACUGGGAUUAAUUGGAAAGUCAGUACUAAAUUCAGUUUUAUGUUUUUCUCCCCAAUUUGGAAUUCCCAGUCGCGAUCAAGCCACUACGCUCAUCUUUGCUGUUCAUUCAGGAGAGCACAGACAAGCAUGCACUCUCCUCUAAAGCAUGUAAUGUCCACCGCAUUUUCUUAUCACACUGCAAUUCACAGGUUGCCCUUGCACAGAUAUGAGAAAGGCACAUACAGUAUAACUUCAUGCAGAUACAUUUCCUAUGGGGGCCCAAAUGCGCACUAGUGCCUUAACAGAAUGAGCCCCAACAGGCUCAAUUUGGCUCAACCUGAUAAACUGGGCAUCAUCUCACAUUGGUGUCUCUCUGUCUGCCUUUGCUUCAGCUUUAAUGGUAAUUGUAUUGUAAUUACCUCUGCCAUGGAUUGGUGUGAGGAGAGGUUAUGUGAUCAUUCAGAUGCGACUGUGAACAGGAUAACUCCUCAUCCUUGCUAUAAUCCAGAAGUCUUCUCAAAUUAGCUGUCUGUGACCUUCACAUCACACACACACACACACACACACACACACACAUACACGCACACACAAAUGCCUGCACACACGCACAAACACUCACACACACUCAUGCAAGAAUGACAUGUUAUCACCACAGAAAGGGAGCAACUGACUCCUUGUUUUUAGGUUGCAUUUGCUAACUAAUUGUCCCUUCUAGACUUUCCACAGGUCCAGCUGUGACCAAUUUGGGAUUCAACAACAAGGCAGUUAAGGGAUUAUUUGCGGCAAAGUUGGUAGGAUGGACAGGGGAGGGCGUGAUUCCAGGAAAAAUAAAUGAAUUAAGAAAGUGAAGUCAUAAACUCUGUGGCCAGUACUGUCAUACACAUGGGAAUGAGUCACCACAGAGAAAUUGGAUUUACAUCUGUAUCUGAGAAGCAGUAGAGGAAAACUCGCCAUGACCCACUACUCCCACAACACUGUUAACAAUUUAUGCAUUUACAAAGUAAGAAAAAGCAUUUUCUUUGGUGAGACAAAGGUGACGUUCUAUGCCCUCCUAUAUUUAAAUAUUGGUCUUGUAUAACAGAUCAUUAUUUAAUGAUGAUACUUCCCAUAAACGAAACAUCACAAUGAUCAAUUAUGUUUUACGUAGCUGAAUUGUAUUGAGUUGUGUUUCCAAACAAAUUCCAUAACAUAGGGUGCGCCCUGCACCGUAGGGCUUAGGAUGCCUUCUGAUAUUAGAGAAGUGAAUCUUCUCAUUUAGCCGGUCAGGAUCUGGACUGCUAUCCCAUCUAUUGUCCACCAGAUGGCACUAUUAUGGAUUUUUUUGUUUCUCUUGGGUCUGUCAUUUAUUAAGUUAUCAACUAAUGUGUUUCACCUGUGUCUUUUUUGAUUUGUGUAUUUAAGUUGCCCUUAUUGUGCCUGUCUUUGUUCAGUCUUUGCCUAUUGAACCGCAUGAGCACUCUGUGUGAAGUUGAGCAUGAGCACUCUGUGUCUCGGCCUUCAUUGCAAUAAGUCUUGGCUGUUUUGUGACUUUUUUUGAGAACUGUUUAUUUGUAACCACUGAGAUUUCUUAUCUUCUCAGCUUUCUUGAGUUUUUUUGCCUGCUGUGGAAUAAAGUUUUGAUUCUAUGUUUUUUGGACUACCUCUGUGGAUUCUUGCCCUAAGUUGCUUUGUUUGUGCGAAGUGAGGAUACUUGCUUUUGUUUUUUUGCUUUUGCCCUUUUUGAAAAUUUUGAAAAUUAAAACUUUAUAACUGC